AUGAACUCUCUCUCAUACGAACACUUACCACUCAAAUCUGCCCUAUCGUCAAUAAGACUCCUCAUUAUCCAACCAGCAGAAUGGGAUGCUCCUUUGGACGCUGAGAUGACAGUAGUCAGCUUGGCCAACAAACCAAUCUACGACACGCUUUCUUACGUCUGGGAAACGAAAAGCAAAAAAGAGAGCAGCAAGAAGAUACUAAUCAAUGGCACCCUUGUCCCACUAUCCGGGACUCUGUUCAAUGCUAUUCGCGUGCUCCGGCCCCGCCAAGGCGUUGAGAGUGCACCUUUAGUAAUUUGGAUCGACGCUCUCUGCAUUAAUCAACUGUGCAUCAGCGAGCGAAACCAACAAGUCCAGAUUAUGGGCGAAAUAUACUCUUCGAGUCGGCAGGUCCAUAUAUGGAUGGACGGCCUAACAUAUUAUUGCCGUGAUCAAAAGGACAAAUCAUGGACUUUCUCUGGCGAUAAUGCCGAUUACAAUACUCUCUGGCCUGAGUAUUGCAAACACUUCAAUUUCGCACAAGGGGGCAGCGACAGGGCCUCAAUUAUGUCACCAAGCGGUCAUGAUCAAAUCGACCUUUUCAUGGCCUGGAUCUUCCGGGAGCUUGCUGACGGCACACAUCUCACGGAGAUUACGGCUUUUUCGCCCGUACUAUGCUUGGAUAGAAUAUGGUCAAGCGUGCUCAAACAUCACAUCUUGAGCUUCUUUUGGGAUCAAUGGUUUUACCGGCUAUGGGUUGUCCAAGAGGCUGCUUUAGCGCCGGUCGGCUGGUUGCAUUUUGGCUCUGUGUCUAUACCGCUCGAAACUAUGAUAUCGGCGGCCUCAAACUACAAACUUCAUAUGCAUAGCCAGUGCUGUAAGGUUGCUGGCUUAAGUCGAGACGCCAUCGACCAGAAUCUGGCCAGCCUUCUCGAUAGCUUUCACGAGUUAGGUGAACUGCGACAAAACUUAGGCUCCAAGCCCACGGUCCUAGAGUUAGCAUUACAGCUCAUGAAAAGAAACGCCACACAGCCCCAUGAUCUUGUGUAUGCACUGCUUGGUUUGGCGAGCUCUGAUAUUGUACCCGAUUACGAAGCCCGGAUCGCAGAUCUGUUUGUUGCCGUUUCUGAGGAACAUAUUCGCAUGAGAGGGGCUCGUAGGUCGACCAAACUGCAAGACCUGCCUAGUUGGGUGGUUGAUUUAUCCAUACCAAAAACAAGGUCCGACCCUAAUCCCAAGGCAUUGGACUGGCUAGCACAAAUGCGACAUUUUUCUGCUCCCGGGAAGCUUGGGCAGGAGAUCCAAGUGACUAUCAUUGAUCGUCAGUUGUUUCUACGUGGCAUUUACGUUGACCGAAUCCAGGCUGUGUCACAUCAAAUUCGAUUCGACGGAGGCGGCUCGCCAAACCUUUUCACACUAUGCGACUGUGAUCUUGUAGACGAACAGAUCUCUCACAACGAACUCCAUAAGAGACAGACCGUUACUUCAUGGAUAUCUACUCCCGAACUUCAAGGAGCCCCAUAUCCUCGGGGCGGUACGCGUAUUAAUGCGUGGUGGAGAACGAUGCUCAGAGAUCAUGGCUGGGGUUCUGCCAAGACCCAAAGGGCGACAACUCAGCAUUUAUCUACCAUUGCUAUACUAAACGAAUUCUGGGCUACAGGUCAGGAUGACUCCAGCGAGAACAUUUCAGAUCAUCUCAAGCAAUCAGCUGGAGUAGACAUGUCGUUCUUCAAGAACGGGGAAUCGGAAGAUGACAUUCUCACCAAUUCACUUCUUAUUCCUACCAUCCACGAGCAUAUGUUGGAUACUUUGAUAAAGAGGAAGGUGUUUCUAACAGAAGAGGGUUAUCUUGGUAUCGCGAGUAGAGAAAUCCUAGAGCGGGAUGAGAUCUUCAUCUUACCAGGAUCAUCAGUCCCGAUUGUAUUACGGCCAACAAGCCUCCCCAACAGCGUGAGAGAUGAGAAUACACAUUAUAAAGUAGUCGGGGAUUGCUUCAUUCAUGGCUUUAUGGACGGUGAGGUAGUAAAUAGCGCCAGUUUCAAGAUGCAGGAUUUGGUUAUUUCAUAA